UCACGUCCUGCUUUGCAAUGUAACCCAGCGGGUGUCAUUCUGGUUUGUGGUUACAGAUCCUUCAAAAAAUCACACCCUUCCUGCUGUUGAGAUACAGUCAGCCAUAAGAAUGAAUAGGAACCGGAUCAACAAUGCCUUCUUUUUGAAUGACCAGACCCUGGAAUUUUUAAAAAUUCCUUCCACUCUUGCACCACCCACUGACCCAUCUGUGCCCAUCUGGAUUAUUAUAUUCAGUGUGAUAUUUUGUAUCGUCAUAGUGGCAGUCAUGCUGUUGAUUUUAUCAGGAAUCCGGCAACGUAGAAGGAAGAGCAAGGGACCAUCUGAAGUGGAUGACACUGAAGAUAAGUGUGAAAACAUGAUCACAAUUGAGAACGGCAUCGCCUGCGAUCCUCUGGACACGAAGGGAGGGCACAUUAAUGAUGCCUUCAUGACAGAGGAUGAGCGGCUCACCCCUCUCUGAAGGGCUGCUGUUUUGCUUCCUCAAGAAACUCAACACUUGUUUCUGUGCAACUGCUGAGCAUUAUAAAUUAUCAAGGGCAGAUCAUCUAUUUUUUUUCACCAUUCUUCUUUUCUGAGAAAUUUUGCGUGUGCAUGAAAGUAAAAGGCCAUCAUUUAUAUCCAUGAAGACCAUCGGAAUCAUAAACUGUUGACUACUCAAAAUAUUCCAAAAUAUUUCUUUGACAGCACAAUGUAUAAGUGUAGUCAUAUGGUGUCUUUAGUUAUUGGUUUAAAAGUGCAUUAGUGUUAAGGAUUUCCGAAAAUAAGGUCAGACCAGAACAUAUAUAUAUAUUUUUUUUUUUCACACUUUGAAGACUUAUGGAGAGAGAUUUUUCCAGUGAAGAACACCCAUAUGUGGUGUAAAAAUCUUUGAAAAUGGAUCCUUUUUGAAUAUUGUUUCUAUCACUCUGUAUGUGACUAAGCAAGAAUAAAAUAUGAUUGUAAAUGGGAUAUGAAUGAUGAAAAUGGGAGUGUCAAUACACAAGGUGGAAUUUGAUCCUGUUAUCAUACCAAUGCUUAUUCUCUAUCAUUCUAAUAAGGCAGCCCUAUUGGUUGACUAUUUCUGCAAUUUGUAAAAGUACAAUCUCUGUGAAUUUAAUAAAGUGCUAAUCAUCUCUUUUUAA